UAAGAAUAAGGAUUUGCUUUGAAUUUUCAGUUAGUUUUAUUUGUUAGGUUCCAAUUAGUACGUCAAUAAUGAGCAGAAAUAUUAGUGAUUAGUUUCGCAUUUGCAAUUAUAAUUUAUCAAAUAUGGUGGCAGUGAUACCUAAUAAUUCGUCUGUUAUAUUUCAGACUUUAAUAUAUGUUUUGAAUCAAAGUAUUGUACAAGAUGAAAGUUCCUAUAAUUAUUACUACAUGAAAAUUGGAAAAGAAACAAACGCUAAAAAAUGUUAUGGCAUCUAUGGUUGUUUCGAAUUGUCACCUCCUUGGACGUCAGAACAUAGGCCCGUUUCAUUAUUCCCAGAUGAUCUUGAUGAGAUCGAUCCAAACUAUUUUCUCUACACCAGAAAAAAUCGAAUGAAACCAAGUGUUAUUGACGUAAACGAGUUUGAAUAUGUUGAAAAUUCAGAUAUAGAACCUGAAAAACCAAUUUUCGUUGUCACACAUGGAUAUAUGGAAGGUGGAAGCAUUGAUUGGAUUUACAAUACUGCUCAAGCACUGCUAGACGCAGAAGACAGCAAUGUCAUAGUAAUAGAUUGGCAUGGAGGUUCUAGUCCGCCAUAUACACAAGCAGUAGCGAACAUAAGACUUAUAGGUUCCAUGACAGCGCACCUUCUCUACGACAUUGCAGCAUAUACGGGAGAUAUUGGCUUGGAACAUGUUCAUUGCAUAGGCCAUUCCUUAGGAGCACAUUUAUGUGGUUAUGUUGGUUAUACACUUCAAGACCAAUUCAAUUUAAGUCUUGGUAGAAUAUCUGGUUUAGAUCCUGCGGAGCCUCAUUUCGCCAAAGCUGCAAGACCGGUACGAUUGGAUAGAAGUGCUGCCAAAUACGUUGAUAUUAUUCAUACAGAUGCCAGUCAGUUUAUAAGAGGUAGUUUGGGGAUGACAGAAAGCAUAGGGCACGUUGAUUAUUUUCCUAAUGGAGGUACCAAUCAGCCAGGUUGUGGAAAAAGUAUGGUGCAGUUUAUUAAAGAUGAAAAAGGCAGUUUUUUCAAUGGCAUGAAAAAAUAUUUGGCUUGUAACCACGUUAGAGCUCAUCAAGUAUUUUUGGAUAGCAUUAAUCCUAAAUGUUCGUAUUUAUCAGUAGCCUGCACCUCGAUACAAGAUUUUAUUGAUGGAAAAUGUUGGGAUUGUGGCGAAUAUGGAGAAAGGUGUAUCAAGUUUGGCUUUUACGGACAAAAGCAUUACAAUAAAUUUUAUGGGAAUGGCAUGAAUUUUAGUUUAAAUCAGUAUCUGAUUACUGGUGGUGAAAAACCAUUUUGUAGAGGACACUAUAGAAUCAUGGUAAAAGUAUCAGGUAGCCUUGAUAGUAAGACACACGCGGGUGAAAUUGGACAGCUAAUGUUUACAAUGCAUAGUACCACCGAUGGGUCAGGUUUCAAGACUGCACCAGCUGGUUUCGUUAGUGGUUAUUAUGAGCCAGGUGGAAUUUACAUGAAAGUUGUGGCCACAGAUGAAGUUAUGGAUUUAAAAGCUGUAGAAGUGGAGUGGAGGUUUAAUAGUAGUCUGUUCAAUCCUUUGACGUGGAGGUUUUUGAGUAAACCGAAGAUUUUUUUAACGAAAAUUAUUGUUUGGGGACUGGAGAAUCAGCAGAGCCUGACUGUUUGUCCUAAGAAUCAGCAAGCUUUGAUAAACGGACAAUCGCAGCUAAUGAUACCAACUUAUUGCUAAUACCUUUAGAUUUUAAGAAAUAUAAAGGGACAUUUUCAGUUGUGUACAGACUACUCGUAUUCGCGUUCGUGCUGGCGAUACUUGCGGCCAAGUUACUAUACUCGAGAGGAUCUGUUUGGUGUCGGUACCACAUCAAAGGGAUUUGCGUCAAGUUGCGCAAGCCAUGUGGAGAGAGACUGGUCCACUUUCAGUUUGAUUGUUGUUGUUGUUGUUUUUCGAGGACAUUUCUGAAUAAUAAACUUACAUAUCAUUUAGCUAGGUAACUUUGAUAACGACUUUGUCACGAUCCAUUGAAACAUUGCGCACCUAAAUGUAGAUCCUCUCAAGUCAAAAUUCCGCGAGUAACUGAAAUUCGAUUUCUGGACAAAAAUCGGAUGAGUAGGUACAACCUGCAGCUUGACUAUAAGUCUCUAGGUCAUUGCGAGUGCCGCGAACACAAGUCCGAUUACGAGUAGUCUGGGCGCACCUUUAGGUGUACCGUGUAUCUAAAUUGUGAAUAUGUAUAUUUUCUUAGCAUAGUACCUUAAAAUCUAUUUUUAUUUUUUUAUAGCACAUUUUUAAAUAAAAUUUCAUUUUAACUUAACAAUGCAGAUGA